AUGGCCACCGAUAUUGAGACUCUCGCGGGAGGGUACUUCGUCGAGGUCCUCUUGGCAAUCAUGUUGUACGGCGUUGCGAUCACACAAGCAUACGUGUAUUGGUGGGAUUACCCAGACGACUCGAAGCGAUCACGGUGGACGGUUAUUAUCCUGAUGAUCAUGGAGACUCUACAUACCGGAUUCAACUUUGCUGCGAUGUACGAAUACCUCAUCAUCGAUUUCAACAACAUAGAAAAGAUACAAACUCUCGUAUGGUACGUCCCAUCGACAAUCAAGGUCUCGUGUGAUACAUUACCAGCAUGCCUCUACAGGUUCUUGAUUCAACGCAUCUGGAUAUGCCGUCAUUCUUUUAUUCCGAGUGUGUUUGAGCUACGCAGUUGGCAACUGUACCGAGACACGGAUGUGUCGCGUCACGGACCAUCUUAUCAAGCGGGUCCAGAUGUUUGUUUCGCUAGCGAUUGUGAUUACCUGUAUACGAUUACGUUCCUUGCAACGCUAAAUGCUCGUCAACACUGGAGAAGUCGCCGGAGGUAUAGAAUGAACGAUAUUGUGUCUAUGGAGCUCUCUCCUAGAGUGACGAGCGCUCAGGCGCAAGGGACUCAAGCACCACAGAUCGAGAUAUUGACGACGGUCUCAAAAGUGACCGACAACAUGCUCCACCGCGAACAUGGCGUCCCCAAGCCGCUUAUUUCAAGUGUUGUCACUGAUGAUAACAUGGAGCCAAGCAAAAUUAAAAUUCUCAACGAUGAUUAUUGA